GUGGUCGUUACGAUUGGUUAGGCCGAGCCGAUCAGUGAAGUGUAUCGCUCGUGACAGAUCCAGCUGGAUAACUCGAUAGAGCCAUGAAUGCGUCACACAUUUGCUUUGUGAAGGGUGAAGAAAGGGGCCUGGCUACCUCAGUCAUGAUAAUAAUAAACGGCAGUGCCUAUUAAUAUGCACGAUGGACCUUGAAGCCCGAGUAUGUGCAAGUCCACGGAAUCGGCUGGGCGUGGCUGGACGUUCGGCGUUUCCCCGACACUUGGCAUCAGACUCGUCAGGUCAACUCUAUCAAAAGAGUCUCCUUUUGCUUCAAGCGCUUGUUAUUCUUGUCGUUUCGUGUACGUGUGCCAAGAUUAGCCGGGCGAUAGCCCGUCAUUCAUGACUCGCCCAUGCGCCCUUCAAGGCUGUCCUUCGCGCCACGUGACUGAUCAAGGCUGUCCCUUCCCCAGCUUCUCUGCGAUAAUGGCGGAGGGGCAGUCGCUAAAGCGUUCAUCGUCUCACCGUACAUUGACCGGUUGUGACGGGUCUUAGAUGAUGAAAGUCUCCUUUAGCAGGUGAUCACACGGUGAAAUCGGGCGCCCCUGUUGAUGUGCCAAAGUCAAACCACGAUGAUGGACGUGGAGCGGGACAGCCCAUCAUGGAGAUGAGCGACACAAUACACACUCGGAGCUUGCUUGCGCGCUUACCGGGGCCCCUGUCGAGGGUGGACAAAGAAAGGUAUAAAAACCCCAGCAUCCGAGGUUGCAAGGGAGACACCACAAACAGGAUUCUCCCUCUCACAUCAUGGCCACCGACUCCAAGAUCCUCACUCCCAACCCCGGAGCGUCGUUCCACACCGGCUCGGUGAUCGCAUUCACUUACAACCUGGUGUACGACUCCGGUCUCUAUUUCACUCCUACGGUUGAUAUACUGCUCCAAAAGAAAGGGAACGACUUCGCUGUUGAGAUUGCCAAUGCCAUUACGCCUGACAAGAGCAACUUUGAGAACGGUGUCCUGAGCUACCCGAUCAAUCUUGCCUCUUUUGUCAAUGCGGAUUUCGUGGCUGGAGAAUACAGGCUGAUCACCAUUCAGCACAACACUCAGUCGAUCGCCGUCCAUGAUGGGCACCUGCAGACGCGCCAGGUGACGGGCGAUCAAGAGUUGAGGCUGACCUACAAUUUGGGACCAGGACCGGUGCAGCCGGGUGGACCGAUCUCACUGGAGCCUGGCCCCGUUAUCAUCCAGCAGGAUGGAUCGAGCUGAAAGCUCAUUGUGGAUAUGAACAAGAUACUGUAGGAGUAACGAUGCGGGUGUAUGCGGCUGAAUGGCUUGAAUUGCGAAUGUGAUAUGCGUUUAGUGAU